GUUUCAUAUUCAUCGAAAAUUUGGUAUGUUCUCUAUGGGUGGCAAAGAUAAUGCACUUUGUGUGUAUGAUGUUUCUGCACAAGAGGUUUCAGUCCCCGUGUUUAGGGCGAAGAAUACGAGGGAUCACGUGUUGGAUGUUCCAUAUCCUGUAUACGUGACCGGAACAUGUAUUAUCAAUCCCUUUGUAUUCUGUACAACAACAGCUUAUCAUCAAGUUUGCUUCUACGAUCGUAGAAGUAGUGAGAGACCGGUACAAGAAUAUGAGAUUAACCGUGAAAUUGACCGUAGACCGACGACGCUAAUGCAGUGGAAUUGCAAUAAAUUUCUCAUAGGAGAGGCGAGUGGGGAUAUACAUUUGUAUGACACAAGACGUGGUUUUGCAUCCAGAGCAAAGCUGCGAGGUGGUGUUGGAAGCGUGCGGAGCAUGGCAAAGCAUCCAGCCGGUCACCAGCUUCUUGGUGUUGCGGGGUUGGAUCGCAAAGCGAGAAUAUAUCAUGUUCCCACUGGAAGGCUUUUGCUGACAAUUUAUGCCAAGCAAAAGGUGUCAAGUAUACUUUUUGAUAGCCAGUUGCCGCUUGCAGACAACACGGGAGCUUUCAGUGGUAUUGCAAACACCAAGCAACCGAGUAAAUCCGCUGCACUUGGUGAUGAAAUAUGGGAUAGUAUGGAUCCUGUAGUAGAUGAUAUUACUGAAGUAUUUCCUUUAGGGCAAAAUGAUAAUGGAAAUAAUUAA